AUGGGUAUACCAACAGAAGUGGUUGGCAGUCUCCCGCGCCCUGCUGUGCUGCAGCAGGCGUACGCAGACUAUGAUGCAGGAACAAUAUCCCAGCAAGACUUCGUCAAAGCUCAAGAUCAGGCCGUUAAAGACUCACUAGACAAGCUGUCCAGCACCGGUGAGGUGUUGAUCACAGAUGGAGAGCAGAGAGCGAGCUCCUUUGCCACAUACCCGAUUACCGACACUCUUGGCGGUACUGGUCUGGCUGAGAACCUGGCCGCAGAUGGUCAGUACUUUGCCAUCUUCGAUGAUGGUCAUCACAGGCAGCUACCACGACUCGUCAAAGGCCCGUUCGCAUACAAGACUUAUGCUUAUGAGAAUUUCAAGAAAUCGCAGGCUCUGGCAGGAGGGCAUCCUAUGAAACAAGCCGUCAUCGCCCCUUCUAUGAUGUACCUUCUGUAUCCCCUCAACGGUACUGUAGAGGGUUAUUCACGAGACCAUUUUGAGCGAGACCUGGUCAAUGAAUGCGAGAAAGACAUUCGUGGAUGUUUCGAAGCAGGGGCGAAACGGGUGUCGAUUGAUUUCACCGAAGGUCGCCUGGCUGCCAAGAAUGAUUCCAAGAAUCCAUGGACGGGGGCAAAACUGCUGCAGACGUUCAUCGACUUGAACAACAAGGUUCUAGAUCGUUUCUCGCCAGAGGAGCGAAAGAACAUCGGCAUCCACACCUGUCCCGGCGGUGAUUGCGACUCGGUCCACUCCGCCGACGUCGACUAUCACGAGCUCCUCCCUUCCCUCUUCCAGAUGAAUGCUGGUUACUUCUUGAUUCAGCUAGCGUCGGAAAAGGACAAGACCAAAGUCUACGAGGAGAUCGGUAAGACCAUCCGCAAAGACGCCAAAGGCGUCAAGCAGGUUGCCUUCGUAGGGGUCAUCAAUCCCCUAUCACCGGAAGUUGAGACACCGGAGCAGGUGCGAGACGCCUUGCUAGAGGCCGCAAAGUACAUUUCUACAGACCAGCUGGGCGCCACGGAUGACUGUGGUUUUAGUCCCUUUAGCAUUGAUGUCAAGCCGAAGCACAAGGGCCCAGAUUUCGCACGCGAAGUGGCCUUCAAGAAGAUUGCGAACCGAGUCAGUGGGGCACGUAUGGCGAGUGAGAAACUUGGUAUCUGA